AUGUUUCAACCAUGCUCCUGCCUAUGUGUAAAUUUCUGGAUCUCCGUGGCCCUCCUUAUCGCGCAGGCCUUGGCCUCCACCGGCCACGGCGGGUCUGAAAACCACAUCCUCAAAAGAUCCGCGCUCAACGUCCAACGCCCCGCAGUGCGCUCCUCCGGCACCCCCGCCGCCACAUACGACAAGUACAACGUGCGCUCGGACGACAGCUGGUGGUGCGGCCUGAGCGCCGUCGGCUCGCCGGCAGAGUUCCAUCCGGACAGCAUCUACCCGGUCAACCACCUCUUCACGGCCGCGGCGGUCAGCAAGACGAUGGCGAUGGUGGUCGGGCUCGGCAGGGGGAACUUUAGGAAGUAUCCGGGCAACUUUAUGAACCGCGAUCCGGCGGGGAAGACGCUGUUGCCCGAUAUAGUGCUGAGCCCGGGGUUCUCGUUGAAGUAUUUUCCGAUCCUACAUGAUGGGAGCAAGUGGGCGCCGAAGUCGAAAGACGCGAGCCAGGACGCGGGUAACUUUCGCAUGGUGUAUAGCACGUCGGCGGACAAGAAGACGGUCAAGUUCCACGGGCUGGUCUUCCAUCCGCCGAAAUCGCAAGAGCUGCGCGUCUGCCUAAAGCUGACUCCCGAGGAAUUGAAGGCCGCAAAGAAGAAGAUGCAGGCCUCCGCCCCAAGGGGGAGACUAGCUGCGGCGGCAAAGUUGUAG